AUGGAGACCCAGCACUCCUCUCCAGACAGUAUGGUCUGUGCCGACGCGGGCGUUGAAGUCACCAAGGACAAUCAACUUGUCCGCCUUCGACACAGCCACCAAGAGGGCGUGCAGGUCCUCAUAGAAUUUGUCUCUUGCGGCGGCGUCGGGGCUGCUCAUCGACGGAGCGUAGGCGCUGAUGAUGGUGGCGAAUUUGCCCCCUCCCCGGAGAGGCAGACGGAGGCUCAUCAGGCGAUCGUUGAUGCCCUGCGGCAAACAGGGCAGUCGUCCCACGAUGUCGUUCCGGAUGGCGAAUCGACACCCGCGUCUCGUCGCUCUGGCCUGGGCCGACCGCUCCAGAAGAAGGUGUAG